AUGACCGUGUCCCUGCCACCUAGAACUGCUGAUAUCAAGCCAGAGGAUCUCCCAGAGGUCAAAAGAUUUCCUUUUGGUACUCCUGUAAGAGAGUUGGUCAAGGCCUUGACCGUUGCUGGUGGUGUGAUUGUAGAAGGCAUGCAUUCGCCUGAACUGAUGAAAGAGCUGGAGGCUGAAAUCCGCCCACUGAUCUCGAAUGAUUCUGACUGGGACGGUGGGUUUUUCCCCACAGAAACCAGGAGAUGCAGUGUUCUCGUUGGAAAAUCCAGAAUUGCAGCGCAAGUAACUUUGGGAGACGAUUUGCUCUGGGAGCUGAGUGACGCGUUUCUUGCAGAGGUCAAUUGGUACUGGUACGGUGAUAUGAAACAAUGGGGUAAGAGCUCGCCUCAAUUGAACACCUGCAUUGCUUUCUCCGUCAACCCUUGUAAGGAAGACCAGCCUUUGCACAGAGAUGACCAUUGCCAUCACAAUAACCUCAAAGAAAUUGAUACUUACCCGGAGGACUUGCAAGAAAGAGAAACCCUGCUUGGUUACUUCUUUGCGGUCAAGAAGACUACCAAGGAAAACGGUGCUACCAGAUUUAUUCCUGGCUCCCAUCUGUGGGGAAAGGAUAGAGAGCCAUCUGACCAUCUCGCUUAUUAUGCAGAGAUGAAUCCUGGUGAUGGUUUUUUCAUGCUUGGUUCUUGCUACCACGGAGGAAGUAAGAACACAACCAAAGACGAGGAGCGUUUGGUUGUUGGUGUAUUUACCACGAAGGGAUAUUAUCGUCAAGAGGAGAACCAAUAUCUGGGUGUUCCCAUGGAAAUGGCGAAAUCAUUUCCUACUAAAUGGCAGAAAAGAUUGGGCUAUGCCAUUUCUGAGCCAUGGUGCGGUCACGUCGAUUCCGCUGAUCCCAUUUUGUUUCUAGACCCUUCUUUGGAUGAUGGAAACAAAGAUCUUUUUUCGAAAGAGGCCUUAACUCCUUACAGACUUUGA